AUAGCAUGAUCCUCUUAUUGUAUAUUAGCUUUUGUUAGUUUUUUUGGGGAAUUUUCUGUAUACAUUCUGUACUUUCACCGGUAGCAAACAUCACGUAUCCGCACAACUAGAGAGCAGUUCCACAGGAUACAUGGGAAUGGGGAAGGAGGAAGGCGAAACUGCACCGGAGCCAAGCGAGCACUCUCUUUCUUCGCCGUCUCUGUUUCCGGGAUUCUCUCAGUUCUCGAAACCUGACGCCGCCGAUCCUGGCUGGCUUUGUAAUUCCAGCUUCACGACUGACCUAUCCGUCAUAAACGACGCUUUGACGGCGCACUACAGUCACGGCCAAUCCCAGCACGGAGACAAUUCGGUGGAAGUUGAAGAAGAGGAAGGGAAGGAAGUUGCCAAUGGAGCUAAUAAAGAGAGAACACAAUACGAGUUGGUGGGCUCCCCAGCAUCAGAUUGCAGCCUAUCGUCUUCUUCUCCUUCGGGAGAAGGGAGGGACAUCCCAAGAAAUAGGCGGUUAAAUAAAAGGAAGCGGAGCAGAAGUAAGCGUUCAGGUGAUGCGCGUCCAGCACAUGAGUUUGAGCUUUUUCCUCGUAGAAAAUCGGGUGUGGGAGUCUGGGCAUCGUCUUCUGCUGCUGAGAUCACUAAUGUCAAAGACUAUUACAUGGACUCGCGCGGAGAUCGUGAUAAUUUGGCCUUUGGAUGCCUAUACAAAAUGGAUGUUCCCUGUUACAAGUUUCACAAUGCUAGGAAGACAUUUGAGAGUAAUUAUUAUCAGAGUAUCUGCAAGAGCAUUUUUUAUCUGGACAAUGAUGUUGAUGCAUUGGACAGCAAACUUAGAGCUGAGGGUCGCUACUGGUCUGCAAAGUGUGCUGCGCUGGAGCGCCAUAAGAACUUGAAGCGAACUCGAAUUAUUGCUCGCGCUAGGCCCCCGACACAGCACUCGGCUGAUUUCAAUUUCAUUCCUCUGUGCGACGAAGAAUCUGUAGGUGAAUCAAUAUCAGGGUCUUCUGUGUUGAAUGAAUCACAUGAAGAUGAGAUUUUUCGCAAGACAAAAGAGUUCAAUAAGAUGACAAGAGAUCGACCACACGAUGAUAAAGUUUGGUUGGAUUUUGCAGAUUUCCAGGAUAAGGUUGCCAGUAUGCAGCAAAACAAACUUGCUCGUCUGCAAGUACUUGAGAAGAAAAUAAGUAUUCUGGAGAAGGCUACUGAACUUAAUCCAGGCAGUGAAGACCUGCUUCUCUCUCUUAUGAAUGCUUAUCAGAGAAGAGAUAGUACGGAUGUCUUGAUAGGUCGGUGGGAGAGGAUUCUUCUGCAAAACUCUGAUAGUUACGUGCUGUGGAGACAAUUUUUGUGGGUUGUUCAGAGCGAUUUUUCUAGAUUUAAGGUGUCAGAAAUGAGAAAAAUUUAUGCAAAUGCAAUACAAGCCUUAUCUGGUGCAUGCAGUAUGCAGCAUAGGCAGUUCUCUCAAGGUUCUACGUCAGCUUCUCUUGAUCCAGCUAUUCUAAAACUAGAAAUGGGAUUAGUUGACAUAUUUGUGUGUCUUUGCCGGUUUGAAUGGCAAGCGGGGUACAAAGAGUUGGCCACUGCCUUGUUUCAGGCAGAGAUUGAAUACAGCUUGUUCUCUCCAUCUUUACUUCUCAGUAAACAUAGUAAACAAAGACUUUUUGAACACUUUUGGAGUAGCAGUGGCACAAGAGUUGGGGAAGAUAAUGCACUUGGCUGGUCAACAUGGUUAGAGAAGGAGGAGGAACAUAGACAGAGGGCAUCAAAUGAGCAAUCUUCAUGUGAAGUUGAUGAAGGUGGCUGGACGGGUUGGUCGGAACCACUAUUAAAUUUGAAAGAUGUUAGUGAUGCAACUGAAAAGUUGACAGACAGUGAUGGAGUUCUCGAGGAGUUAGAUGAUGGGGCCCAAAAUGGUAUAAAAGAUGAUACUGAAGCUUUGUUGAAAAUGCUUGGAAUUGAUGCUACUGUGGAAGCAAAUUGUGAGGUCAAAGACACAGGGACAUGGGCUAGGUGGUCAGAAGAAGAGGUAGAAAGGGAGUCAGAUCAGUGGAUGCCUAUUCGUGCAAAUUGUGCAAGUGAUGACCAACUUUUGAGAGUAAUAGCAUAUGAGGACGUGAAUGAUUAUUUAUUCUCAAUAUAUUCAAAUGAAGCACGAUUGUCUUUGGUAUCACAAUUUAUUGAUUUCUAUGGAGGGAGGAUUGCUGAAUGGACUUGCACUAAUAGUUUUACUUGGGCAGAGAAGACUCUUAGUCUGGAGGCAUUGACAGAUCCUCUUUUAGAUGAACUGAGAAGGAUCUAUGAACUUUUUGCGAAAAGUGAGAUGCACCCAGUUGGCACACGUUUGGAAAACAUUUUGAGCAGUGCUAAUGAGAUAUCAAUGCGCACCAAUAUGGUGGAAUUUGUCCGUAAUGCUGCUUUGCUUUGCAUGACUGUAUUCCCUCAAAAUUUCAUCCUUGAAGAAGCUGCUCUUGUUGCUGAGGAAGUAUCAAAUACCCCGUUAAAUUCAUCUCGCAGUUCAGUAACCCCUUGUCGAGUGCUUGCAAAGAGUCUAUUAAAAAACAACCGCCAGGAUGUAUUGUUAUGCGGAGUCUAUGCACGGAGAGAGGCAAUGUUUGGGAAUAUUGAUCAAUCCAGGAAGAUUUUUGACAUGGCAUUGUUAUCCAUUGAAGGACUUCCAGUGGAUAUUCGGAGAAACGAGUCUCUGUUAUAUCUCUGGUAUGCAGAAGUGGAGCUUGCAAAUUGUUCUCAAGAUGGUUCAGAGUCAUUGCUCCGUGCUUUUCACAUUUUAUCUUGCCUAGGAAGUGGUAUGAAAUACACUCCUUACAAAUGUCAGCCCCCAAGCCUGAUGCAGCUGAAAGCUCGACAAGGAUUUAGAGAGAGACUAAAAAUGCUACAUUCAUCUUGGAGCCGAGGUGUAAUAGAUGUCCAGUCAGUUUCCCUUGUAUGCUGUGCUGCUUUGUUUGAGGAAAUAAGCACUGGAUGGACAGCCAGUGCUGAAAUCUUUGACGAGGCAUUUUCAAGGGUUCUUCCUGAAAGAAGAAGGAACAGCCAUCAUCUAGAAUUCCUGUUCAAUUAUUAUCUAAACAUGCUUUCUAAACAUCUCAGUGAAGUCAAACUAUCAAAAGUAUGGGACUCUAUUGUGGAUGGGCUGCAGAUAUAUCCCUUCAGUCCAAAGCUUUAUGCCGCAUUAGUUGAGAUCGGUCAUCUUUACAGUUCACCAAAUAAGCUAAGGGUGGUAUUCCAUGAAUACUUCAACAAGAAACCAUCAGUCAUUAAUUGGCUCUUCACAUUAACGUUUGAGAUGAGUAGAGGUGGCUCUCAGCAUAGAAUACGCAGAUUUUUUGAGAGGGUAUUAGCAAAUGAGAAACUAUGCAACUCAGUGAUAAUUUGGCGCAGCUACAUUGCAUAUGAACUCGAUAUAACUUGUGACACAUCAGCUGCAAAAAGAGUUUUUUUUCGAGCAGUCCACGCUUGCCCCUGGUCAAAAAGGUUAUGGCUUGAUGGUUUCCUCAAGCUGAACACCGUUUUAACUGCAAAGGAGCUUUCAGAUCUCCAAGAAGUAAUGCGGGAUAAAGAGCUCAAUUUAAGGACAGAUAUCUAUGAAAUUCUCCUGCAAGAUGAGGUGGAGUGCUGAUAGUGUAUGCUUCUGUUUGUACCUCUUCCCUGUGACUCUUACAUCAAACUGCUGGAUCGCUUUUAGCUGUGGAUUACACUUAAUUCUUCUCCCAAUGUCUCAUUUUAUGUGCAAUGGUGAGUCAAGUAGUACUCGUCUUUCUUAGUUUAAUGCCUUUAAUACUCCGUAUUUUUUGAUCAAGUAGUCAUGUUACAGUAUGUUUUAUAGAAAUGUUGAUUUUAGAUUUAAGAAAUUACCCUAGAUGUG